CAACGGCCCCAGAACCCGGGCAUCCUCUGUCUCCUCUCCGCUUCGUGCGCUAGCACAUAGCCCUCGCCGCGCCGGGACCCUCGGGCGCCACCGCCGGAUAGCUCCCGCUGCAGAGCCAACAUGCCCAUCGCUCGGAUGCGCAUGAGGCCCUGGCUAGAGAUGCAGAUUAACUCCAACCAAAUCCCAGGGCUGAUCUGGAUCAAUAAAGACGAGAUGAUCUUCCAGAUCCCAUGGAAGCAUGCUGCCAAGCAUGGCUGGGACAUUAACAAGGAUGCCUGUCUGUUUCGGAGCUGGGCCAUUCACACAGGCCGAUAUAAAGCAGGGGAAAAGGAACCUGAUCCCAAGACAUGGAAGGCAAACUUUCGCUGUGCCAUGAACUCCCUACCAGACAUCGAGGAGGUGAAGGACCAGAGCAGGAACAAGGGCAGUUCAGCUGUGCGGGUAUACCGAAUGCUCCCACCUCUCACCAAGGACCAGAGAAAAGAGAGAAAGUCCAAGUCCAGCCGAGACACUAAGAGCAAGGCCAAGAGGAAGUCAUGUGGGGAUUCCAGCCCUGACACCUCUGAUGGACUUAGCAGUUCCACCCUGCCUGAUGACCACAGCAGCUACACAGCUCAGGGCUACAUGGGCCAAGACCUGGAGGUGGAGCGGGCCCUUACUCCAGGUGAAGCUGCUAUUCUGGCAGGGGAACCCACAGCACUGUCACCAUGUGCCGUCACUAGCACUCUCCCUGACUGGCACAUCCCAGUGGAAAUUGUGCCAGACAGCACUAGUGACCUGUACAACUUCCAAGUGUCUCCCAUGCCCUCCACUUCUGAAGCUGCAACUGAUGAGGAUGAGGAAGGGAAAUUACCUGAGGACAUCAUGAAGCUCUUUGAGCAGUCGGAGUGGCAGCCGACAAAUGUGGAUGGGAAGGGGUACCUGCUUAAUGAACCUGGGGUCCAGCCCACUUCUGUCUAUGGAGACUUCAGCUGCAAGGAGGAGCCAGAAGUUGACAGCCCUGGGGGGGAUAUUGGGCUGAGUCUACACCGUGUCUUCACAGAUUUGAAGAACAUGGACACCAACUGGCUGGACAAUCUCCUGCCCCCAGUCAGGCUGCCCUCCAUCCAGGCCAUUCCUUGUGCGCCAUAGCUAGGCCCCAGACCCCCUCUUGCUCCCCUUGGUGAGCAGGACCUGGCAUCAUGGUGCAUGUGAUGGAGAAGCUGGACUUUUAUGCCCCUUGGCAUAGCAAAGUGUGACCCCACUGCCAAGCAGAAUGUGAUCACCCUCCUUGUGUCAGUGGACUCCCAGGGCUUGGCUGGCCAGGAUCUGGGCUUGUCUUGUGGGUAACGCUGGCCCUGCCUCCUGGGAAGAUGGAGUUGGGGUUCUGAAAUUGCUAUGUCAGGUAAAGGGCUUGCUCAGGAGUUGGCCUCUAGCUUUUCUCUCUGAGCCCAGCUUUCUGGAGCGGGUUUUGCUCUCACUGAACUGGCCCUGAGGGGAACAGACCAGUGACCUCAGAAGAGCAUAGCACCAACCCUAGGGCAGACUCUGCACUAGGAGACAAUUGCACUAAGUGAAUCUUAUUCCCAAAGAACCACCUCCCUUCCCAGUUGAGCCCUGGGGACUGUUCCAAAGCCAGUGAAAUGUGAAGGAAAAUGGGGUCCCAUGGGACGGUGUUCCCUCAGCCUCAGAGGGGCUCUACCCUGCUUUCUGUUCCAAUUGAGGGGCUUGGGAAGAAACAUGGCACUUUUUCUUGUGGAUCUUGCCACAUUUCUGAUCAGUGGUGUACACUAACAUUUCUCCCAAGUUUCGCCUUUGCAUUUAUUUAUACAGUGCCUUGUCUGGUGCCCACUGCCUCCUCAGGCCCCGGUAGCCCUCCGCAGGCCCAGGGAGGGGGGAAGUGAGUACCUUGGUGUGACUUUGAAAAUUGGAAAUGCCAUCCAACCACCAAAUCAUGUAUAACCAUAUAUGAAUAUGUAUGUAAAUAUGUACAUUUGUCUUUUUAUAAAAAGUCAAUUGUUUACAAGGGUGUGGCUUUUUAUUUAGAAAUUGUAGUUGGCUUUACUUUUUAUGGGAACAUUCUGAUGGAUUCAUUAUUGGCACCCUGCUUGACCCUGAGCUUGGGGUGUGCAUCUGUUGUGAAUCCUUUCAGUUAUGGUCACAGAAGAUGACAGGAGGAGGAGACAGACAUGUCACAAGGACAUGCACAUGUAAACAUAGUCACCUGACCUUGACUUUGUAGCCAUAGCUGGGAGUUAAUUCUGAGCUCCAGGGGCCUGAGGUCUGCACUCUCCUGAAGAACAUGCGAAGAACUAUGUAUGUAUCCUGCUGAACACACAGGUGCUCCUUCAAAACAAACCAAAAAAACCCAACAGGUAUGACACAAUCACAGACAACUGGAGUAGACAACAGCCCAAGAAAGGUCCCCAUGGCAUCCUGUGCUGGGUAUUACUUGAUGUUCACUUUAUACAGCAAUAGAGAUGUUCUCUCUGCACUGUUUUGGUAGGCAGUGGUACUAAGCAGGUGCACCAAUUAAGUGCCUCAGAUGUGUCCAGUGACACUUUCAGGAACUGAAUUUUUAAUUUAAUUGAAAUUUAAGUGGCCACAUGUGGCCAGGGGCUACCAUUUUGGCCAGUACAGAGAGAUAAUGGCUUGGAGGCAGAUCUGAGGAGGAGGGACUUGGGUGGCUGGAGGAUACUAGGACAGGGGCUUGGGACUAUUUACCUGCCAGUUCAAGACUAUUUGACUAUUUUCUCAGGCAACAAUAACUCUUGUGUCCUGAAUAUCAGUCCUAUAACAUACUGUGAAACAGGUCCAGGCACAAAUGCAUUUUUAGGAAAAUGUGGCUGACCUCCUAAAACAGAUUGGUUUACUCCACACCUUUCCAGGGUUAAUGCUCAUAAUCUCUGUGAGAGGAUAUAUUUGAUCAGAACAGUAUUUAUGAAGACCAUAUAUAAGGAAUCACCAGUAUAUGAUAGUUGUCCUUCAAGAUAAGGCCCAAAUCACAGGAAUGCCUGGGGACAGAGGUCUGGAUAUGGGCUUUCCCAUGUCUCCCCAGUCUCUGGCCCUGGGCUGUGAAUAGUAUCCAGCACUACCUAGGGAGUGGGUCAUGGUAGUAAUAGCAUUGCUUUGGGAUAUGAAAGCUCUGUGGACGCAUCUUCCAUAAUGUAAGUUCCUGAAACCACUGAGCCUGGGAACCACCCCCCUCAUUGGGCCCACCACUCUGAAAGGAGUGUGGGCUCUUUUUGGGAAGGAAAGACUGAGAAGAUGGUGAGAAAACUGGAAAAUGGGCAAAGGCAUUGAGUUCAGGAAGUAGAGUUACAUGCUGUGCAAGUGGAAGGUGGGCUCCUGCUGGGUGGGUAUUCUGUGUGGGGGUGUGAAUGGGCCCUGAUUAUAAGCCUUGCCCAUCAGAAGAGAUGCACUUGGGUUUUUCAAGAGUAGCCUCAGCUGUGGAUAGGGAUGGAGAGGAUAGCCUUUUCUAGCUCCUCCAGGGCCCAGCCUUUACUAAGAACUAGAUUGGGAUGAUUAGCCUCUCAGGGCUUCUGGGGUUUUCUAGUGGGUGACUUUUUAAGUUAAUGGUGGCUAGGGGUGGUAUGAAGCCAGCUAGAGUGGACUGAGGAGUGAUGGGAGGGAAAGAGUGCAACCCAGAAUGAACAGCGGGGCCUGUUUCCAGCUUCUUUAUUCUGCUGUCCUUCAACCUUAUCCCUGGUGGAAGGUAGGCAGUGGAUAUGAUAAAAUCCCAUGCAGCUGUGGAAAUCUUUCAAGUUCUAAUGAGCAAAGUCCAUUACUUACUUACACAUUACCAAAAUACGAGAAGAAUUAUACUCAUUGACUCCCAACUUCCAAAACCAAGAUGGAGUUCCUAUCUCUUAACUCUUGGGAUCAACCCCUUAGGGUGUCCAGAGAAGGACCCCAAACUUUGCACCCCACAUCACAAGAUAGCUAGGUUCUAGGGACCACACCUGGAGAAGUAGUGUAGAAUAGAGCCAGACCUUCCAGGAUGGAGAGCUGGUCCCAUCACAUGGACCUCAGCCCUUGCCUGAAAGACAAACAUGUUAAGGUUUGAGUGCUCAUGUAAAAGUGGUGGCAACUGGCAUUAACUCAUUACCAAACAGUGCCUGAAAUGGAGCAAGAUCAGUGUAAUCGGAACCAAAUUUAGGUUUAAGAUUAUUCUAAGGACUUGCCAAUGCUUCUAGGGGUCAUUCCUAAAAGUAUCAAUUGAAGAACUAAUGGUGGAAGCUCUUGUUGAGGCAGCUUGGUAGAUCACUGAAAGAUGAAUUUCACUGGUGUUGGAAUGACAUCAUGGUCAUCAAGGACCACUUUCCAAUGGAGGCAAACUAGCAAAGUAGGGAGGGCUCAGCCACACCAGCAAGAUCUCCCAUGUUGAGCUGAGUUUACAGAUGUUCCAAGGCAUUUAUGGUCAGUCAUAGGGGUUUCCUUACCUUGCUCUAAAGGUGUUACUUUAAUUGGACUAGUUUUAUUUGUUCAACUCAUCCAGCAGAAGGAGGAAAGUCAGAGGCUAACGUGUAAACCAUCCUUGUUGGUGUAUCAGCUUUCAACAUCUCUCAGUGAAAGGUGUGCAGGAUGUUGUGACCACUCUAACUCCAAGGACAGGAGCUUUCUCAGAUUUCUCUGCAAGUCUCCAGUGGGGCUGGCUGAGGACAGACUGAAAUCCUGAGAAAGGUCCAGGGCUUGGUUGAAGUGGAGAGUGAAGAGAAGUGAAGGGUAUCACUUCUCUGGGAGUGAUACUUUUUCCUUGGUGAAGCUGAAUCAUGUGCAGGUUGUUAUUUUCUAGGACUACUGGGUCUUCUUUCAUACUGCUGACACAGAUCCAAAAGUCCACUCUUGUAUGGGGGAGGGGUAAGUGGGAGGUGUGGCACAGAGAUGUGUGGGUUUCUUUCAGAUCUAGUAAGAAGCUUUCGCCACUGCCAGUUGUAAUGCUAUUUCUUAAGUUGGGCACUGCUCAUCCUCCAUACUGUGGGUGUGUGAAAUACAUCAGACCUCUGCAUUAACCUUCCCCAUUUCUGCUAGCUGCCACAGAGGCAGGAGGUCUGGGUGGGGAAUGGGGAGCUGGUGCACACCUUUUCCAGAGAUAAGAGUACUUGGCACAGAGCUUAUCAGCCAAAGCUCCCUUGUGGAGCCAAGUCUAGGGCCUUGUUGUCUGGCAAUGUGGUUUUCCUAGCUCCAAGCAGCUCCCAAGUGACCUAUUUCUACUGCUCUUCUGGGAGUAGGGAUUACAGAAGCAGCCCCUACUUCUGUCAGCUCAGUGGUGAAACAGGUC